AUGAGGAACAGAGUGAUCGGUAAAAUGCGUUGGGUGAAAUAUUUAAUGUUCUUUUUCAACUCCAUAUUCUGGUUAACUGGAGUGUCUCUGGUUGUGAUCGGCGGUCUGGGAGAGCUGCUGUAUGGCGACUACAAAGACAUUACACAGGCAGGCUUCACUUCUGCCACUGCCAUCCUUGUAGGAGUAGGCAUAGUGAUUGGGAUUCUUGGCUUUGCUGGGUGUUACGGAGCCAUUAGAGAAAACUAUUACACCCUGAAGGUGUUUUCUUAUUUGUUGAUCUUGCUAUUGAUCGCUGAAGUAUCACUGGGUUUGUGGCUGUACUUUGCGCAUUUUAGCGUCGGUAAAUUCCUCCAGGAUUUUCUGAACGACAUACUAAGCAAAUACGAGAGCGACAAAAGUAUUCAAGAUCUCAUCGAUCGAGUACAGCGUAAGUACGACUGCUGUGGCUCUAACAGCUACAAAGACUGGUUUGAUUCGCGGUGGAACGUGCAACGCCAAAACAAAAGCGUGAAUCAUUGGGUGAACAACGUGCCGCGAUCGUGUUGUCUCAGUAACACCACGGACGAUUCAAGUUGUGGAAAUGAUUUGGACACGCCAGGAAAGCCUGCACAAAUGUUUGUACACACUGAAGGCUGUUUGCGACUGAGAGAGUUCUUCUCGCGUCAUCUUUUAUUUAUGAUCAGUCUGGGUGCUGGUGUAAUGGCAAUACACGUUCUUGCGAUUCUGUUCACGUUUUGUCUGCGGCGCGCGAUAAAAUAUUCGUAUAUGUUGGAUCACGUCGAUGGUUUACAGCUAAUGUAG